AUGACUUUUAAGUCUUUGUUUUUGUUUCUUUUAUUUGUGAUUAUUGUUUAUACGUCAUCAGUAGAUCAAAUAGACAUCAAGGAAAAUUUGAAUCAAGAUUACGAUCAAGAAACUUGUACGAAAGAAGAUUGUACGGAUAAAGAUACCAAACAACACCUAAAAUGUAAGAAUAUGUUUCAAACACCUUCUCUGUUAAUAAAAAUAUUUCAGACCUUAAGGAUGACAACGGCAAUAUAAUCGAAAAAACGUCUCCAGAAUACGACGCAUACUUGUCUUAUUCAAGAAGACUUCAAGCUUCAAUGAAUUUAUCUGUAAAUCCAUGUGAUGACUUUUACAGUUUUGUAUGUGAAAGUGCCAAAUCAAACAAGGAUCUCGACAUUUUUAGUGUCUUGAGUUCACGAGCAUAUCAGAUUGUCAAGCAUGAAAUGGAAGAGUUGGUAAUACAUGUAUAAUUAUUACUGCAUAUACAACUUUUCCAAUCUUUUUUACUUGCAAAUAGAGUAGUUUAUAUUGGAUUACCUGUUGUCUAAACUCUAACAAGUAAGGCCAUUGUUUGGGAGACGAAGUAGUAAUUAAGGAUAAGGUGGAUCCGCUCCUUCUCCCCCUAAAGCUAAAGAUAAAAAUCCUUAAUUUCUUAUUUUAGACACAUGAGAAGACUAUAUGA